GCCGGCUGCAGUCUGCCGAUGCCUGCACCGAUCGCGGGGAGCCGCUGAGCCGCGGCCGAGGGCGUUCCUUGUGUUGCCAGGAGUGCAACCCCUGCCGGAAAGAGCGACCUUAAGGCCAGCAAGAUGGCGGGAGCAUCUGUGAAAGUGGCGGUGCGAGUGCGUCCGUUCAACUCCCGUGAGAUGGGCCGGGAUUCCAAAUGCAUCAUCCAGAUGACAGGAAACACCACCACCAUCGUUAACCCAAAGCAGCCCAAAGAGACGCCCAAAAGCUUCAGCUUUGACUAUUCCUAUUGGUCUCACACCACGCCCGAAGACAUCAAUUAUGCAUCUCAGAAGCAAGUGUACCAGGACAUCGGGGAGGAAAUGUUGCAGCAUGCCUUCGAGGGCUAUAACGUGUGUAUCUUUGCCUAUGGGCAGACAGGUGCUGGCAAAUCCUACACCAUGAUGGGGAGGCAGGAGAAGGAUCAGCAAGGCAUCAUCCCACAGCUGUGCGAGGACCUCUUCUCCCGAAUCAACGACACCACGAAUGACAACAUGUCCUAUUCUGUGGAGGUGAGCUACAUGGAGAUAUAUUGUGAGCGUGUGCGGGACCUGCUGAAUCCCAAGAAUAAGGGGAACCUGAGGGUAAGGGAGCACCCCCUCCUGGGUCCCUAUGUAGAGGACCUCUCCAAGCUGGCUGUCACUUCCUACAAUGACAUCCAGGACCUGAUGGACUCUGGGAAUAAAGCCAGGACAGUCGCUGCCACAAACAUGAACGAAACCAGCAGCCGAUCGCACGCUGUCUUCAACAUCAUCUUCACCCAGAAACGACACGAUGCAGAAACCGACGUCACCACCGAGAAGGUCAGCAAAAUCAGCCUGGUCGACCUGGCUGGGAGUGAACGGGCCGACUCUACAGGGGCCAAGGGCACAAGGCUAAAGGAGGGAGCGAACAUCAACAAGUCUCUGACCACACUGGGGAAGGUCAUCUCUGCGCUGGCUGAAAUGGAUUCGGGGCCCAAUAAGAAUAAAAAGAAGAAAAAGACAGACUUCAUCCCGUACCGGGACUCCGUGCUGACCUGGCUCCUCCGGGAAAACCUGGGUGGUAAUUCCAGGACUGCUAUGGUUGCUGCUCUCAGCCCUGCUGAUAUCAACUACGAUGAGACCCUCAGUACUUUAAGGUAUGCUGACCGUGCCAAACAGAUCAGAUGCAACGCUGUCAUUAAUGAGGAUCCUAACAAUAAGCUGAUCAGGGAGCUGAAGGAUGAGGUGGCUCGUCUGAGAGAUCUGCUCUACGCCCAGGGUCUUGGAGACAUCAUUGACACUAACACUGCUCCAGGACGACCUAAAUACAUGACCGACUUUGAGAACAAUAAUGGUAACCGUAGCCUGGCAGAACUGAGUCAACGCCCUGACAAUCUCUCCACAGUGACCAAUGCCUUAGUGGGGAUGAGCCCGUCCUCCUCGCUGUCAGCCUUGUCCAGCCGAGCUGCCUCUGUCUCCAGCCUCCAUGAACGGAUCAUGUUUGCUCCAGGCAGUGAAGAGGCCAUUGAGAGGCUGAAGGAAACAGAGAAGAUCAUUGCUGAGCUGAAUGAGACCUGGGAAGAAAAGUUGCGGAGGACAGAAGCAAUCCGCAUGGAGAGGGAAGCUUUGCUGGCAGAAAUGGGCGUGGCCAUGAGAGAAGAUGGAGGCACCCUGGGUGUGUUCUCUCCUAAAAAGACACCUCACCUGGUCAAUCUCAAUGAGGACCCUCUGAUGUCUGAAUGCCUUCUGUACUACAUUAAGGAUGGGAUAACCAGGGUCGGCCGAGAGGACGCAGAGAGGAGGCAGGACAUCGUGCUGAGCGGACACUUCAUUAAGGAAGAGCACUGCAUUUUCCGCAGCAACACCAAGGCCGGUGGCGAAGUAGUGGUGACACUAGAACCUUGCGAAGGGGCCGACACCUACGUCAAUGGCAAAAAAGUGAUGGAACCCAGUGUCCUGCGAUCCGGAAACCGAAUCAUCAUGGGGAAGAGCCACGUGUUCCGAUUCAACCACCCUGAACAGGCUCGCCAGGAACGGGAGCGGACCCCAUGUGCAGAGACCCCCGCAGAGCCAGUGGACUGGGCCUUCGCGCAGCGAGAGCUGCUGGAGAAACAAGGCAUUGACAUGAAGCAGGAGAUGGAGCAGAGGCUUCAGGAACUAGAGGACCAAUACCGCAAAGAGAGAGAAGAGGCCAACUAUCUUCUUGAGCAGCAGAGGCUGGACUAUGAGAGUAAACUGGAGGCUUUACAGAAGCAGAUGGACUCCAGGUAUUAUCCUGAGGCCAAUGAGGAAGAGGAAGAGCCCGAAGAUGAAGUACAGUGGACUGAGCGGGAGUUUGAGCUGGCCCUCUGGGCCUUCAGGAAGUGGAAAUGGUACCAAUUCACGUCUCUCCGGGACCUUCUGUGGGGCAAUGCAAUUUUCUUAAAGGAGGCCAAUGCCAUUAGCGUGGAGCUGAAGAAGAAAGUCCAGUUCCAGUUCGUCCUCCUCACAGACACUCUUUACUCCCCUCUGCCUCCCGACCUGCUGCCCCCCAAUGCUGCCAAAGACCGAGAGAAACGGCCCUUCCCACGAACCAUUGUGGCUGUGGAGGUGCAGGACCAGAAGAAUGGAGCAACACAUUACUGGACUCUGGAGAAACUCAGACAGCGACUGGACCUGAUGCGUGAAAUGUACGACAGGGCAGCAGAAGUGCCUUCUAGCAUCCUUGAGGACUGUGACAACGUCGUGACCGGUGGAGAUCCUUUCUACGACCGCUUCCCCUGGUUCAGACUGGUUGGCAGUUCAGAUAUCUCUGGCUGCAACAGCUCUCCUCUUUUCAACACAUGCAUGAGCGAGCGCAUGGCUGAUCUCACCCCCUCCCCCACCUUCUCGAACCCCGACUCCGACAUCACCGAGCCUGCUGACGAGCAGCACGUGGGGAAGGAGGAGGAGGAGGAGGAGGAGGACCUGGAGGAAGACAUCUUUCCGGAGUACCCGCUGUAUGAUGGCCGGGAUCCAUUUUACGACCGCUCCCCCCUGUUCAGUUUAGUAGGAAGGGCAUUCGUGUAUCUCAGCAACCUGCUGUACCCAGUGCCGCUAGUGCACCGUGUUGCCAUCGUCAGCGAGAAGGGCGAGGUGAAAGGCUUCCUGCGCGUGGCAGUCCAGGCCAUCUCAGCGGAUGAAGAAGCCCCGGAUUAUGGUUCAGGAGUACGGCAGUCAGGGACAGCCAAAAUAUCCUUUGAUGAUCAGCACUUUGAGAAGUUCCAGUCUGAGGCCUGUCCCAUGGCGGGGAUGUCUCGUUCAGGGACCUCGCAGGAGGAACUGCGGAUUGUUGAAGGCCAGGGGCAGAUAACUGACAUCGGACCUUCUGCAGAUGAAGUCAACAACAACACCUGUGCAGUGACUCCAGAUGAUCUCCUCCUCGACAGUCCAGAGAAAGUUGCUCUAGAUGACCCAUUGGAAGCAGUUCUGGACCAUCUGACACUGGGCAGCAUCUUCACCUUCCGAGUGACAGUUCUGCAAGCCUCCAGCAUCUCUGCAGAAUAUGCAGAUAUCUUCUGCCAGUUUAACUUUAUCCAUCGUCACGAUGAGGCCUUUUCAACGGAGCCCUUGAAGAACACAGGACGAGGACCACCUCUAGGGUUCUAUCAUGUCCAGAAUAUUGCGGUGGAGGUGACCAAGUCAUUCAUUGAGUACAUCAAGAGCCAACCGAUUGUGUUUGAGGUGUUUGGGCAUUAUCAGCAACAUCCCUUCCCUCCUCUCUGCAAGGACGUGCUCAGCCCACUGAGACCAUCCCGACGCCACUUCCCCCGGGUCAUGCCAUUGUCCAAGCCAGUGCCAGCGACGAAGCUGAGCACCCUGGCGCGCCCCAGCGCCGGGCCCUGCCAGUGCAAAUACGAUCUGAUGGUCUUCUUUGAGAUCUGCGAGCUGGAGGCCAAUGGCGAUUACAUUCCUGCCGUCGUUGAUCACCGUGGAGGGAUGCCGUGCCUCGGAACCUUCCUGCUCCACCAGGGAAUCCAGAGGAGGAUCACCGUGACGUUAGUGCAUGAAAACAGCAGCCUUGUCCGCUGGAAAGAAGUGCGAGAGCUGGUUGUCGGUCGGAUCCGAAACACCCCAGAAGGGGACGAGUCUCUGAUUGACCCCAACAUCUUGUCUCUGAACAUCCUGUCGUCUGGAUAUGUCAACCCCUCCCAGGAUGAUCGAACGUUUUACCAGUUUGAAGCAGCGUGGGACAGCUCCAUGCAUAACUCCCUGCUGUUGAACCGAGUCACCCCUUACAGAGAGAAAAUCUUCAUUACCUUGUCUGCUUACAUUGAGAUGGAGAACUGCACCCAGCCAGCUGUGAUCACCAAAGAUUUCUGCAUGGUCUUCUACUCCAGAGAUGCCAAACUUCCAGCAUCUCGCUCCAUCCGCAAUCUCUUUGGCAGCGGGAGCCUGCGAGCCUCGGAGAGUAACCGUGUGACUGGGGUGUAUGAGCUCAGCCUUUGCCGUGUGGCUGAUGCCGGCAGUCCAGGUAUGCAGAGACGACGCAGGCGUGUGCUGGACACCUCUGUUGCAUAUGUGCGGGGUGAGGAGAACCUGGCUGGGUGGAGACCUCGAAGUGACAGCCUCAUCCUGGAUCAUCAGUGGGAACUGGAGAAACUCAGCCUCCUACAAGAGGUUGAGAAGACGAGGCAUUACCUGCUCCUACGCGAGAAACUGGAGACAACCCAAAGAUCAGGCCUGGAGUCCCUGUCCCCAUGUUCCAGUGAGGAUUCCGACUCCCACAGCACUUCCUGUGUCUCCUCUCCACUCUCAGCAGAUGGUGCCUCAGAGGGCAGGAGCUCACCCUUGGAGACCCCCAGCGAGAGGCAGAAGGAGCUUGCCGUCAAGUGCUUGCGUCUCCUCACACAUACAUUUAACAGAGAGUACAGUCACAGCCAUGUCUGUAUCAGCGCCAGCGAGAGCAAGCUGUCAGAAAUGUCCGUGACCCUGCUGAGAGACCCCUCCAUGCCAGCUCUUGGUGUCACCACCCUGACUCCCUCUUCCACCUGUCCAUCACUGCUAGAAGGACGGUAUAAUGCCACUGAGGUCAGAACCUCCCAUCUCUCUUCCAGGGCAGAAAGCCCUGAGCCAGAACCUGUAGUGGAGGGAGAACAGAAGAAAUCUCCUACACAUGGGCCUGAAGAUGAGAAAGAGACCCAGCGCUUACUGGUCCCCGAUAUUCAGGAGAUCCGGGUGAGUCCCAUUGUCUCAAAGAAAGGCUACCUGCACUUCCUCGAGCCUCACACCAAUGGCUGGGUGAAGCGCUAUGUGGUGGUGAGGCGCCCCUAUGUCUACAUCUACAACACGGACAAGGAUUCUGUGGAGAGAGCCAUCCUCAACCUCUCCUCCGCUCAGGUGGAGUACAGUGAGGACCAGCAGGCCAUGCUCAAGACCCCCAACACGUUUGCAGUAUGCACGGAGCAUCGUGGAAUCCUGCUGCAGGCAAGCAGUGACAAGGAUAUGCACGACUGGCUGUAUGCAUUUAACCCUCUGCUAGCUGGAUCCAUAAGAUCCAAGCUGUCCAGAAGGAGAACAGCCCAGAUGAGAAUCUAACCUAAAACCAUUCUCCACCUCAUCUGUCUGCCAGCAGGAUCAAGAUUGCUGGUUCUAUACAAGAGUCCCUAUCUUAACGUCAAAUCUUUCAUGCCAUCCACCACCCCAGCUGCCUGCUCCACAAAUGGAUCCAUCUUGAUUUACACCUUCACUGGGAAAAUGCAUUUCUGUUGUAUCUGCAAAAGCCUGGUACAGCCUGGUCAUGAUUUCUUGUGUGCAUGUGAUCUUCUGCCCAUCUUCUGCCUAUUGAGUGACCUUGGUGUCACAUGACCUGUAACUUUCAAAAGCGGGAGUUGUGUUUCUUAUUUUAAAGCAAGGCUUCAAUUUAAGGAGGCAGGAGCGUUUGAAAGGUCAGACAUUACAAGUCAUGAGGAAUUGCUUCCAUGUGAAGAGAAAGUGAUAGGUUUAAGUACUGAUACUUCUUAACUUAUUGACGUUUUAAAAGAAGAUAGAUUAAGUUAUGGUAGUUUGAGAUUAUAUUUAUAAAGUAUUUAUUUCUAUUUACUUCACUGCAAUCUCUACAUUGAGUUUAUCCCGUUUUAUUGCUCAUGUCUGCAUACAUAAAGCCUCCUCAAGGGAAGGCAGGGCCUUGGACGGUGGGCCAGUGGGGAAGGGGUUGUCAGGCCAUUUUGUGAUGCCAUUUUUGUCUUCUUUCUCUAUCCCAGCACUGGGAGGUCUGGAUGGAUUCAGGAGGUCAUGCUCCCACCUCUGUGCAAACACAUACACACUGACUUCAGAACUCUCACCCUCCUACCCUACCCCAUCUCCUUAGCCUUGACUCCAGAGCUCAAACCACUUUUCCUCCACGUGGUGACUGGAUAGUGCACUGUGCCCUCCCAAACGAGGCAAUCCACACAUAGCACAGCAAAGACAUGCACACGGACAAGUCACCGCACUUAUCAAAGCACUUUGUGUGUGUGUGUACAUGUGUGUAUAUCCCAUCCCCUCCAUUUUCCCAAGUGCUUGAAACCCAACAAUGUAGGGUUCAGUGACUAGACAGGUAGAAUGCAAUGAUGACAGGUUCUGGUUGGUUCUACCCUCUAUUCUGUCUGUUUUCAGGGCCCAACUUCAAAUGGGGUGAAAGGGAUGGAAAGGGGAUCUGAAGUUCUGGAAGGGCAGAUGGUUCUGCCAGUUCACUUUUGGGGUGGGGUGCUGUUUGAAUGCUCCAAAUGAGUACAAUGCAGCCUGCCUCUCAAUAUCCUCAGUCACCUUCUAAUACAGGGGUCGGCAACCUUUCAGAAGUGGUGUGCCGAGUCUUCAUUUAUUUACUCUGAUUUAAGGUUUCGCGUGCCAGUAAUACAUUUUAACGUUUUUAGAAGGCCUCUUUCUAUAAGUCUAUAAUAUAUAACUAAACUAUUGUUGUAUGUAAAGUAAAUAAGGUUUUUAAAAUGUUUAAGAAGCUUCAUUUAAAAUUAAAUUAAAAUGCAGAGCUCCCCGGACCGGUGGCCAGGACCCAGGCAAUGUGAGUGCCACUGAAAAUCAGCUCACGUGCCACCUUUGGCACCCAUGCCAUAGGUUGCCUACCCCUGUUCUAGUAAGUAUGCAGUCCAUCUAUGCUGUACUGUACUAAUCUCUGGCAUGGGCUGUACUGUACUAAUCUCUAGCUGGGAAACCUCCAAAAGGAUUAAUCAUUGUGACAGGGACUCACUGUAGAUGGGGCUCAAGAAUCCUCUCUGAUCAAACCCACCCAGCUGGGAAGUGGGGAGAGGCCAGGAGGGAUUGCAUCCUGCCAGUGAGUGUAAUACGGAGGGAGAUGACAGACCUGAGGUGUGCAUUACUGUAGACCUGCGUUGUGUUUAGCUAGCAAUAGCUUGUUCUGGGCUAUCAGGUGGCUACUACACCCAAAUGCGGGUUCAUUAGUGAAUCUUGGGAAGGUGCCCAUAUAGUUACAUCUGUGCAGAUGGUCAGAGUUAAUAAAGGGUUGUUACUGGUGGGGGUUAAAGCUAGAACAUAAAAUUAUAUUGGAGCCUAAAUUCAAAACAGUUGUCUCGAACCAGAUGGCUGAGUUUCACUGUCCUUUUCUGAAAGGGCUUUUACUUCCUUUCUCUUUCUUAUGGGAAGAAUCUGUUUGCAGCAACUGAAUGGGUAGCAGAGAGAAUGGCAUGAGGAUGGGCAAGGAUGAGAGAAAUUGAGACUUUUUACUUUUAUAUGUGAUGCCAUUUUCUUAUUCCUCUACCCCAUUUAAAACAUUAACUUCAUCCUUCUUCCCCUUGCCCCACCUCUCUAUUGGGCUUAGACUGCCUACAUAGAACAGCUAAGUUGGUGGGGGAGGCAUACCAAAGCAGAGAUAUGGCAUCAUUAAUAAUCCCUCUCCCCAUGGGAAGGACCUGGUCAUCUGGUGCUGACCUUGCUAUAAGCUUUUUAAAGUAACUUCAGCAGCAAAGAUCUUUAUUAAUUUUUAAUUACCCAGAUUGUUUAAUUAAGAUUUCCAGUUGGUUGUAUGCAUGCAACUCCAGGCAGAAACCUGGGGAGCUCCCCCUCCCUCCAUACAUCUCCCAGGACCAUCACUGGUCCAUGCUUCAUCAUCACACUUCAUGGCUGACUUUAAUUUGCACAGCACAGCUGUGCCUUGGUUCUCUUCGGCACUUUUCCAUCCUCUCUGUUGUGUUUGUUGAGUAUUGUGUGUGUGGCUCCAGGUGGAGAUGGUCUAUGCACUGUAUUUCUUCUUUCCCUUUUUCUUGUUUUGGGGAGGCUAGGGUAUGGGAUAAGGGGACAUGUGGGGAGCCCAACAAAGCCUCCAUGCAACCUCAACGGGCUUGUAGAGAUAUCACACGCACACAAAAGCUCCCAGCAAUUGCCCAUCACCAUGCUGCAGUGUGAAGAAAGAUUUCAUUCCCCAGCCUCUGCCUCCUGUCUGCACAGAGACAGUGCAUUUGUAUUGAGCCACUAUUUCGUUCAGUUCUCAUGCUGUAUGACAAGUGCUUUUUUUCCCUCUGGACCCUGAUUUGCUUUUGACCAGCUCCACGGCAUCACUCCCAUUCCCAGGGAAUUUCAUUCUAUCUCUCUGACCUGGAUAGCACUGCGGGUUCCUGUAGGGAACAGUGUCAGUGCAGGUGCCAGUGCUUGUUCCUUUCAGUGGGCUUUUCUUCUUUGUGCCAGUCCUACAUGGGCAGACGGGUUAGACAACAACUUGCUGACCAAGGUGAAGGUCUCUUGUUUUUACAGCUAUUCCUUAUGGACUUAAAAUAUUUUUUUUAAAUCCAGGACUGAAUUUUAAUAAUUAGAUUAAAUGCCUAAUGCCUGGAAUAAGCGCUUUAUACAUACAAAUAAAUCUUAUGUGUUGUUAUAUACACAGAGAGAUGCUUUGCCCUCAAUGAGAAUCUGCAAGAGAGAAACUCCAAACUAUGUCCCCAGUUCAGAAAAGUAUGUAAGCACAUGCUUAUGUCCAUCCCUAUCCAGCAGAGCAAUUAAGCAUGUGCUUAAAUCACACUGAAUGGAAUUAAGCACAUAUCUAAUGUUUAGUACAUGCCACAGUUUUUUGCUGACUGCUGAAUCAAAACCUAGAACAGUUAGAGCGCUCCUCCCCUUGUGUAUAUAUCCAUAUUAAUAAGUCUUAAGUUCUAGGGUUUUUUAAUUCUUAAUUCUUUGUUCUAUCUCCCAACUCUGCUUGACAGUAUAGGGGAGUUUUCAUAGAAAGGACUAGGGCUCAUUCUAACUGCUAAACCUCAACUCAAAGAACUGAUUGUCACCUGGUGAAAAUACAUUUCAGCAAUCUCUGCUCUAGCAGCAAAUAAAUCCUUCCACUGAGGCCCUGAUGGAAAGUCUCCCAUCAGCUUCAGUGCAUUUUGAAUCAGGCCCUUGGUAAAGACCACUUGGCUUGAGUAUUUAUUUUAACAUAAUUCAUAGUCAAAGACUUGUUGUUUAGAUGCAGUUUCUAAGACAUUUCCUGAAUGGCUGGUACAGUCCCAUCAAGAGCUAGUGUAAACCAAAGUCUUCUGGAGCCAAUCUUAGGAAACAUAUGAAAUUUUAAGCCCCUUCAUUUGGUAAAACAGGCUUAUUAAAUUUCCAUUCUCAUCCCAACUGAACUCUGGAUUUUAAGGGUAAAUCAAGGCAUUCUUGGUCUCCUGGGGUUUUUUAAUCUCCUAUUCAGUCUUCUCAGAGAUUUCCCCAGGUUAGAGCAGUCUAGAGUGGAGGUAGCUAGGUUAUAAAAGUAUAUCACCAUGCUUCCUUAUAUACAUGCCUGUAUUUGUUUUGGACUAGACACAGAAUCACAGGAGACAAUGGGAGAAAAAUGAGGAAGGGAUGCAAAUGCCAGUGUUGGGUCCUCUGGGAAACCCUGUCAGGUCAGAGAGGAAGGAUGGCUUGGGGGUAAUACUGUUAUGGGUCAUGCCUUAGGUCAGCGAUCCUGAAGAGCAUGAUCUUGAUGGUUUGGUUAUGGAGAAGACAUCUAGUUUCACUCAGUCAGUGCUGUGUGCCUGAGGCCAGCAAAUCUGCAGAGCACACUACUUUUCUGAGUUAGAGACUGAGGUCUGAUCCAAAGUCAGUGGGAGUCUUUCCAUUGACACCAGUGGGCUUGGAUCAGGCCGCAAAUAUAAAGAUCUAGAGUUGAGGAGUAAUGACUGCUUAUGGGACUUAUACUGGCUCCCAAUAAAAUAUCCAGAUAGUAGCCAUCUGCUGUUCAUGUGGAUUCUGCAAAAGGGUUAUUUUCUUUAGUACCAUCUGGGGAAUGGCUGGAGAGUCCUAAUUCUAUAUCUUCUAUAUUUGGAGAGUCCUGGAGAGUCCUCUUCUAUAUCUGAUACCCCACACCCUUCCUCACUUAGCAUCCCUGCUGUUAAGAGUCCCACCCAGAGAGAGAUGCAUUCUCAAAAAUUCAAGUAGAGGAUACAUGAACCAGCUCUUAGAGUAGCUGAGAUUAAAUUCUAUUAAUUGUUCUUUCCAUUGGAUUUGAGGAUGAAAAGGGUCUUCAAGAUUUAAACAUUAAAGAAUGGGUAAAUCUUUUAGCUUCGGUCAAAGCUGAGGCAUAGAAACUUUGUUGUGAUGGUAAGAAUGCCACAGGAAAAGACCCAUAUAGACCUUAUUAAUGAAGAAAGAAUCCAAAAUGGGUGUAUUUGGCUAAGACAUCCCCAGUAUGUUUCAAUAUGUGUAGAUGAAUUUGAAAACUAAUUGAAUUCAGUGUUAAACCACUGAGAUGUAGACUGGUCACUCAGAAUUAACAGCAGUUGCACUGUAAUAGAAUCAUAUUGUUUCCUUGGUGUAACAGAGGUCAGUGAGAUACAAUGAUGUCAUCAAAGUUAAUCAUGAGUUAACAGGAAGUUAGGAUAAGAGAUAAUUUCAUGGAACAAGUUUGUCAUGGGGAAACAGCUUUGAAAUCAAUUGACUGUCUUUGCCUGGUCUCUUGUAAUCAUGCAAGAGGCAGUCAUUUGUCUACAUUAAGUUUUUCAUAUGAGCACCCAUCCUAAAGAUCCUCAGCCAACAAUGAGGUGCUCACUCAAAAGAAAAAUACCAGCUCUUCAAAGGGCCCUCAGAGAACAGCUGGUCUGGUAACCACAGAGAAAGAUUUCCCAAAUUGACCUCAAAAGAAACAAGCAAGAAGAAGUUGAGUUUUUACAGUGGGAAAGGAGGCGGCACCUGACUGAGAACUGGAUAAGUUCACAUAAAUAUUUCCAGCUGUUGCCAAUGAUGAAGGAAACGUGCUACAGUAUGUCAUAAUCAGCAGCAGCCCAUAAGUCUAACACCUUUCUAAUAUGCUCUUACUGUCUCUCUUUCUGUCUGGUAAUCAAUGAGCUGUAUGAAGGAACUCUUCAUGAGAUUCAACUUGUUAUUAAGACCUUACUGUAAAAUGAAGGCGGUUGUGGUUAAUUUUAUUUUAGUUUGGUUGGGGUUUUUUUGUUUUGUUUUGAGGGUUUUGUUUUAUUUGUUUGUUUUUGCCUGUGCUUCCAUUAUCUAGUUUGUCCACAUGAGUUCUUCCUGUGAUGCCAUCCCCAAGUGCUGGGAGACCAUUUCUCUUGCUUUGUAUAUAUGUGAUUGCUGUGGGCACACCCUGUACUACUGUAUAAUAACAAAACUACUGAAGUCAUGAGUCUAGUUUUCUCGAUGUCUUAAACUGU